AACGCAAGGUUAGCGCCGCACAUCUCUCGAGUCCCGCCGGUCUCGCCACAGAGUGCUCGUAGGCGCUUCUCCGGGUGUAUCGGCAGCCGGUGGUUGCUCUCUUCUCGGUCCCUGUGUGACAAGCAAAAGCCUGUGUGCACCUGUUGUCGAUUAUUUUUUUUCUCGAAGUUUACCGACUGAUUGCGCCAAAGGAAUUCUGUGCGCGAACGAAAAAUACUUGUGCGCGGCAUGACAGCGCGUCAGUCGAGAGCACAUCUGGCGAUUGCUCUUUCAGCAGAACACACUCUUCCCGCCUGAGACUAUCUGCGGCUCACUACCAGUACCCGAAGGAUCGGACAGCGCCAUGACGUACCGCCGGGGCGCCAAGGACGACGGCUGCUGCAGCGUGGGCUUCCUCAAGUGCAUCCUCCACAUCUUCAACUUCAUCUUCCUGCUGUCAGGAUGUGCGGUGUUGGGCGUGGGCGUGUGGACCUUGCUGGCCAAGCGGCACCACCUGAGCCUGCUGGUCACGGCGACGUACGCCUCCACGGCCUACAUGCUGGUGCUGGCCGGCGUGCUGGUCAUCCUGGUGACCAUCAUGGGAUGCGUGGCCAUCUGGAGGCUGAACCGGUGCCUCCUGCUAGCGUACACCUUCCUCCUGCUCCUGAUAUUCCUGCUUGAAGCUGUUGCUGGGGUCAUCGCCUACGUUUAUGAAGAACAGGUAUGGCACGAGCUUGCAGACAGCCUGAACACAACGUUCAUAGAGAGCUACGGGAUUGACAGCAGCAGGACGGACGCCAUCAACGACCUGCAGAGCAGUUUCAAAUGCUGCGGAGCAAACAGCUACCAGGACUGGCAGCGCAGCGAAUGGCUUCGACUCAAACCCCGCACACCAAACAAGGUUCCAGACUCCUGCUGCAAGACCACCACAUCCGGUUGUGGAGGCCUCGUCCAUCCCUCCAACGUGUACUAUGACGGCUGCAUCAAUGCAUUGGACGAACAAAUCCGCGAGCACCUUAUCAUCGUGGGAGCAGUCGGUCUUGGCAUCUGCCUCGUGCAGGUCUUUGGGAUGAUCUUUUCCUGCUGCCUCUACUUGCGGCUACGGGAUUACAGGAGGCAUCCGCAGUACUACUGAGACCACUUCCUGCGAGCGGCGCCGGCGGUUCCGACAGACACAACUUGACGUGUGAACCAGAGACAAUGCAGCUGCAGUUUUGCAACCGUGUAAAUAAGCAAGCUAGAGCUAGAUGUGCAAUUUAUUUAUACCGAUCGCAGGGAGCGUAUGCAUCGAGAAAGGAACCUGUUUUUGUUGCGCAGUUAUCAAGCAAAUGUGGAGAAAUGUGGGAAUCUCGUGAGCCCGCUGCGUUUUUGUGAUAUCCCAUCCCUUCCGUAGGUAGAGAUAGACGGCACACGCACUAAAAAAGAAGCCCGUUAAUAUCUCUUUAUCUAACUCCCUGAAUUAAGUUUUGUAAUGAGAACAAUGCUUCAAGUUCGUGUUCGCUACACGAAAGGAACUGAAUGAAUUAAACGAGUUGUGCUUUCCCUUCCUUAAUAAGUGGACAGUGUGGUGUAAAUAAGACUGCCUAUUACUUUUAUUUAUGACAUACAAGAUCUGAAUGUUUGUGCUGCUAUUUAUGGACCUUGUGAGCCGCUUCAGGAUGUCAGCUUUGCUUGUAAAUAAAAAAAGUUUGAAGUGGUGA